AUGGCCCCGUCCAGACUUGAGAGUACGCCUGACGCGGAGGACACCUACAAGGCCGCAGUUCCUGUUGGUCUGAAGGCCAUACCUGCUGAAAAACUGGACCUUCGCUCAGACGAGGAGAUUGCAUCAUGGCUACAAUCUCGACACCCUAUCGAGUCGGACAAGAACGUUUGGGCAUUUUGGCAUGCUGGUUACUGCCAAAUGCCUCCUUGGGUCCAGCGAAACGUUAUCAACUGGGUUCGCCGUCUCGGUCCAGAAUGGACAGUCCAUCUCCUCGACCGCGUCCCCAAUUCUGAAACGAACAUCUACCACUUCGUCGAGGAAUCAUUCUUCCCCGAUGCCUUCAAUAACAAUACAAUGGACGGCGUCCACGUCGGUCCGCACCAAGGUGACCUUAUACGCCUUCCAUUGCUGUGGAAAUACGGGGGCGUAUGGAUGGACGUCGGGUCGUUCUUGUUCCGACACAUAGACGACAUCUGCUGGAAAGAGAUUGAAGACCCCAGCUCCCCCUACGAAAUGGCCGGCUUCGUGAUCGAGAUCCGGCCUGGGGUAGACACAAUGCUCAACGGCUUCAUCGCUGCUAAACGCGAAAAUCCAUUCAUCAAGCGCUGGCAUGAGAUCUAUGUGGCACUUUGGAGAGGGAAGACUAACUCGAAUGGCUUCCACAAGUCUCCCCUUCUCAAGCAUCUCCCUCUCCUCUGUCCACCCGUCGACAAGAUGAACUGUCCAGAUCUUGGUGUGAUGAUGGAGAGUUUUACGGAUUAUCUCUCACACUUCAUGGCGUUUGAGCGGCUUCGGAAGAUUAUCGAUCCAUCCGAUGGGUUCAACGGCCCCGAAUACUAUGCCAAGCAUAUGUUCCUCGCUCCAGCCCUCCAAGAGACCUUCUACUUUCAACAGGUGACAGGAUGGUCCGGUACACGGCAGUUCGAGCUUCUCACGAAACAGCGCGCCGGUGAAGGCGUAGUCAAAGACGAAACGUGGCAUGCAGCCGAAAAGUUUGUCCAUGAUGCGCUUGCCAAUACUUCAACCAUGAAACUCAGCCACGGGCCCCCGGGAGCUUUGGAUUCAUUCUUGGCCGACCUCUGGGACUCCGAAGAGCACCAGGAUAAGGAUAAUGUCGAAGACACAUUUGCAGCCUAUUUGCGAUAUGGAAGCGUGCAUUUUGAUCAGACGCGACAGUUGUUGCCUCUCAAGUUCGACAUAACCACCGAGGAGGUACUGCACAUUGGAGUUCUGGAGCCGAAGGAGGAUUAG